AUGACAGUUGCAAAGGAAUUGGACGCAAAACAAAUGCCUACCUGUGCUGUGAUAAAAGUGCACAAAACCACCCUAAAAUCCACCCGUUUAUCUAGGAAACGUCUCUCACUACGACCCGGGCCCGGUAAAACACGACCACGUUUCAUAAUGAGCAAGAAGCCCACGGUGAAGCGUACCAACAGCCAACUAUCGGUUGGACAAAAUGCAUCCUGCGCACCGAUAAGCCGCUGUGAGGAACAGCUCGAUGCAGCCAUUUAUCGGUGCCUGCACGCACUGACCAAGCGCCACCAGCCAACGGAUGAGUUUAGGGCACAGUUUUGCCGUGGCGCAUUUCUGAAAUCGAACACCAAGGCCUUCAUUCAAGUGAUGCACUUCCUGUUCAACGUGUACGAUGCGCGCGAGUUCCGCAAACGGUUCUACUGGCCAAUCUAUGACAAAGGGGCCGAAAAUGCGUUUCGCACGUCGACGGUCGAGUACGUGAAUCAUUUAAUCGAGCGUGGUAAACUGGUCGGCAUGGAAAAGAUUAAGGCGCACGUAGUCGUCCUACCGGGUGGGGCAAAGUUCAUGAAAUUUCUGCUCACCUUGAUACGGUUCGUCCUGCAGGAGGAGUUGCGCAGAGCGAAGAGUUCCGGGGAUGCUGAACCCAUCACGAAGACGCGCAUCGCUCAGAUGAUUGCAUCGCACAAACGCUGGGUCGAUGUUGGGGAUCGCAUUAGUUGCAUCGUUCACGAGGACAAUGCCGUACUGGCAGAGAAGACACGCAAAAUAGAUACGCUUAUCGAAACUAUCCUGCAGGGGAGCGAUUUGGCGAAACAGAUUAACUACGAAAAGCUGAUGGAGAUGUGGACCGUUUUGAUAAACACUCAGUUCCGAGAGCAGCAAAAGAUCCGCCAGCGUAUGCAAACCAUCGCCAAGGAGUUUGAUCGUGUGAUUAAAAAGAUCGGUAGCAAACUGAAGGGAAACGAACUAUCGCUCCCAUUUACGCAGGAUCAGCUGAAGGAUUGUCUCGGCAACUAUAGCUGCCAACCCGGCACGGAACUUCAUCAGCUCACGCAGGAAGUUUUCGACGGCAACGGUAAGCUGAAUCCGGUCCAGCUGUUGCACCUUUUCGAACACAUUUUACCAAACGUUGAGCACUUUUUUGUUGGAUUUUGUAUGAAAAACCCCGAACUUAUGAAGUACGAGCAUAAGGAACUAUCGAAGGUUACAGUCAAAUGCGAUGAUUUACGCCAGCAGCUGGAUGUGCUGCACCGGACCUUACCCAUGCUGGAGGAAUGUCUGGUGCGUGAUCUUCCGGGGCUCCUGGAUAAGGAUAAUUUCGCCAUCAAGAACAAACUCUUCUGCACGCCACCGAUCACGAUGGAUUUUGACGCACCAACGGAUGAUUUUCCCACGACCAGUGCCAACGGGAGAAGCAGCCAUCGGUUAGCACUGCUAAACAAGGAAGACGUACAUGCAAUGAACGCUCGUAUAAAGUUACUCUCGGUCAGUGCGUAUCAGCCACGGAGUCCAAAACCAGCUCAGAAAUAUCUAAAGCCCAUCCCGGAUCAAUUAAACCAACAGCAACAACCGAAUUCGGUCGUCUUUGCGGUUCCACGAGUAACUCGCAAAGAAAAGCUAAAUCCACUAACCAUGCUUAACCGCAUCAAGGCGCAAAGUCAAAAGCAGCAGAACGGUGCAGCCCGAUCGAAUGACUGUGCGCGAGUGAACAAUACGAUGAAUAUUUCCACGCUUAGCGAGAUAACGCUGAGGCCAGAAUUUUCAUCCACGCUUCUGGGAACGCCGGAAAAGACGGGCCCUGGAACCGUGGGACGUACGCCGAACGAGGACGAGCUGGAGAAGAAACCAAGUUCGGCACAAACUUUACAACUCCCAGUACCAGCUCAUCAACCGCAGGCGAAACGCGUGAUGGAUUCACCGAACGUACAGUCGAGCCCCCGACUGAUGGCAAUCUACGUCGAAUCAAAAACUCCCAAAUCGUCACUGUCGCCCAAAACGUUGUUCCGUGCACCCGUCACCAAAAGGACAUCCACCAAGCGAAGCUCGUUGAUCGAGAACGAAGCGACGGUGCACACUUCGCCCUCGGGAAGGUUGGAAUCAUUGCUGAAACAUGACGAACUGCCCCCACGCUGUCCGUUGCCCUUGGCUUUAGAGACGGAGAAGGAAACCACUGCAAACCAUGCGGAUUCUGGAGACUUUUCCGAUGAAAAAACGCUCAGUCCUGAGGUAAAAAAAGCGAACGGUGGUGUAUUGGAGGAUCUUUCGCGCACGCUGGUUGCGACCAGUAUCGGUAGUCAAAUAGAUGAUGGCGAAACUGGGCCGAUCGUAGAUCCUAUCGAUCAGUUACUGCAUACAGGAGAGUUGGACGAUGAUAACUUGUUUAACGUUAGCGACGGAAUAGUGACGGAUUUUGAAUGA